AUGAAUGCAUUAAUUUUAGGUGCCACUGGUCUAUGUGGCAGUUUUAUGUUAAAAUAUUCAAUUGCUUCCAAGGAAAUUAAUAAAGCUUUUACUAUAACACGAUCCCCAUUACAGUCCAGUUAUGAUGAAAACUCCAAGGUUGUAAGUUUCCAAAAGAAAGAUAACUCUAAAUGGGCUAACAUUAUUAAAGAUGACAUCAAAGAACCUAUUGAUAUACUAUUAACUGGAUUAGCUACUACAAGGUCUGUAGGUGGCACCGAUUUCCAAUAUAAGAUUGACCAUGAUUUGAACCUUCAACUAGCUAAAGAAGCGAAAAAAAAAGGUUGUAAAACUCUGGUCUUGGUUAGCACAUAUGGUGCAAAUAAAGAUUCAUGGUUCUUCUACCCAAGGAUGAAGGGUGAGAUUGAAAGAGAUAUGAUUGCUUUAGGUUUCGAUAAAACUAUUAUACUAAGGCCUGGUGCUCUUCUUGGGGAUAGAAUCAAACAUCACAAAGGAUUUGGUAACGACAUGGCCACAUUUGUAGGCAAAUUUUUUUAUAGAUCCAAAUGUCAAUGGAUGUUUGCAUAUCCAAUUAUGGCAGAAGAAGUCUCUAAAGUCGGUGUACAUUUAGCUUUAAAGGAUUCAAGUGAAAAAGUUCAAAUUAUUGAAAGUGACGAAAUGUUAAAAAUUGCUAGUGAAAUAUAA